CGCCUUUGUGUCACUUGACUUUAAAAGCCUAGUUAUAAUUAUUUUUGAAUCGACAGUUCUUUCGCUGUUUAAGGCAUUUGCAAAGACGAAUAGAACCAUUUCCGACUUUGAAUUACAAUGCAGUCGAUUAAGUUAAACAAUGGCAGAUCAAUUCCGUCGCUAGGCCUCGGAACUUGGAAAAGUAAACCGGGCGAAGUCGCCAAUGCAGUUAAAGUAGCCAUUGAGGCCGGCUACAGACAUAUAGAUUGUGCUGCAGUUUAUGGCAAUGAAAAGGAAGUAGGAGAGGCUCUAAAAGCUUGCAUUGGAACUACGGUGAGGAUAUUUUAUCCGAAACGACCAUUUUAGAACCGGCGAUUUGAGAAGUGGAUAUGAUAAGUAUUCAUGGGUGAGGUUCGCGUAACGAGGACUUCUGUAACAUUACAGGUCGGCGUGUUUGGCCCUUAAAAACGCUUGAAAUUUGGUCGGCACAAUGGUGCCUCGUUGACUGAGCUAUUCAGAUUUUGGGCGUAAACCGAAUUAUUUGAGGAGCUUUCUAGGUCUUCUAACCCUGAUGAUUAAGCAAUACAAUUUGUAAUGCUAGUCUUACGGGCACCAGUUUAUACGGGCAUAAAAUUUAUUCACACCCAAAGAAAGGCUGAAAAGAAUUUCGUAUACCUUGUACUAUUCUAAUAUAAAGCGCCAAUCUUAAAGUAAAUAUCUCACCAUCAUUGCCUUUUAGCAAAGUUAAGAGCUGCAUCCACAGUGAAAUUUAAGGAUGUGCAGAAACCUUGCCUUACAGCAAGACAUACUUAAUCAUGGUGAUACCAAGUCACAUCAAAGAAAAUUCUUAAAUAGCAUUGAUCCAGAUUUGAAAGAAUGAAAAUAAGCUGGAUUGAUGGAUUUGGCUGAAAAUAUGCACAUAUCUUUGGAUUUGUGAAUGUUUAAAAGGCUCUUCUUUUGCACACAAGGGAUAGGAGACCUGGCAGUCUUGCAGGGCAAGGGGUCUGGGUUUGAAACCUGGGCCCGGUUGUCUGAAGGCUGAUUAGUGCAAACACAGAAUUAAAUUUUAAUCUGAGUUCCUUUAUUCCUUUGUUUAAAAGCCUCUUUUGAAUAAUUUUUUCAAUUCUUUUCAGAGCAUCCAGUUAUGAAACUAUAGGCAAAAAUAAUUAUAUUGAAUUUUAAUUUUAAAGCAUUUUGGUCUAAAAUCAGAUUUCCCUCAAACCCUAAGUUACCUUAACCCAGCUUUGAACAACCUGGCCCAGGCUGGGUUGAUGAGUUGUGUCCUUGCAUCAGGCAAGACACUAAACAUUCAAAGUGCCCUUCCCCACCCAGGAGUAUCGAUAGGAGUAGAAAUAGUUACUGGAAAACUUUUAGAGAAACCUGAUUAAAUGCUACGGAAGGGGGUGGGCUAUGAUGAAUGAGCAUCCUAUCCAGGGAGGAGUAGUAAUACUCCUAGUCAAUUCAUACCACAGAAACUGGGAUACACUCAGGCAGAAUGGGCUACUUAGCUAGAUUGUGACCUCUGUCCUUUUUUAAAAUUCUUUUGGUGCAGCAUUUUAGAUUUUCCUUACCCAUGUUCCUGUACACCUCAGGAUUUGAGAGAAUGGCACGAACAAAUUCUAAUGAAAAAAAUUUUAUCUCAGAGUUAUAUGCUAUUUCUUAUUGGCAGGUGAAAAGAGAGGAUCUGUUUAUCACCUCUAAACUAUGGAACACAAAGCAUAACCCUGCUGAUGUGCUACCUGCUCUGAAGCGCACACUGAGUGACCUACAACUAGACUACCUUGACCUUUACCUUAUACACUGGCCAUUAUCUUUUCAAGAUGGUGAUAACCCUUUCCCUAAGGAAGCUGAUGGAAGUGUAAUCUAUGCAUAUCAUGAUCCAUGUGAUACCUGGAAAGCUAUGGAGCCCUUAGUGGAUGAAGGCUUAGUCAAAGCCAUUGGUAAUAAUUAUUUUCUUAACUGACAGUGAUGCUGAGGCAUUAGUAAUACUUAUUUGCAUUGAUGUGCUCUACAACAGUUUGCAGGGAACUUUUGCCAGACUGCAUUCAGCAUUUACAGUUUUAGAGGAAAUUUUGACCAAAAGACUAUACAUUGGUCAAAAAUCUGAGUACAGUGGUUUUCACUGGCCAAUAAUUCAUUUGUUGGAUUCCGAGUCUACUCUUUCACUUCUAGGAGUGACCAAAAAUGCUUUUUUUGCCAUCUGUGCUAGUAACCAUCUCAGGAACUGUCUAGAUCAAUGGAGCAAUUAGGGGAAAGCUUUUGUAACCCUUUACUUGCCUGAGAGAGAGUGAGGAGGAGAAAAAAGCUUAGGUCAUCAGCAAUUAACAAAAAAAAGAAAGGAAAUACAAGCAUGAGAUGCUUAUUAUUAUAUUCAUUUAGUAUUAAUGUUGGAUCUUCGGACCCAUGUGCUAUCUUUAGGCACCAGGCAACCCACAGUGUAAAUUCUCUUUCCAUCUGUCACUGCUCGAACAUCUUUCUUAAGACUAGCAGUUCCAAAAAGAUUAGUUUUUCAUAUCAUUAUUAUUUUGCAUCUAGGAGGUCUUCUUAAUUCUAUGACACAUAUUCUAAUGGUCAAUAGUAUAACUGGCCUUCAGGUGAUUUUUGAAUUUUUCUGUUUUAUAGGAUUGUCAAAUUUUAACAGUAAACAAGUUGAUGACAUUAUAGAGAAGAGCCGUGUAAAGCCUGCCGUACUACAGGUGGAGUGUCAUCCCUACCUCAAUCAAGCUGAUCUUUUAGCUCAUUGCAGGAAGAGAGAUGUGGUUGGUAAGUUUCUCCUUUAAACCUUUAACCUAAGAUCUGAUUGUUAAUUCUCCCCUUCAGCUGCUACACAUUUCUUAGUAAACUAGUUGAAGGAAUUUGGUGUUAGAUCAUGAUAACAACUUUCACUUGAUAAGUUUGAGUUUGUAGGGAGAAGUCACAUAUUAAUCACUUUUAGAGGUUAAGGGUUAACAAAUGCACAGCUAUACAUAGUUCAAGUCUUAAACUUUUAUCUCUUGACCUGAAGUCCACAGCAUCUCAGACAUAAUGUGAAAUAAUCUGUUUACAUUUUAUUCCUUUACCUCAGUAACAGCAUACAGCCCUCUGGGAUCACCUGAUCGUCCAUGGGCAAAACCUGGAGAUCCCUACCUUCUGGAUGAUCCCAAGAUGGUGGCAAUUGCCAGUAAAUAUGGCAAGUCUCCUGCACAGGUCUGUAUCCGCUUUCAGAUACAGCGUGGUUUGUCUGUUAUACCCAAGAGUGUAACUCCUGCUCGCAUUAAGAGCAACUUUGAGGUAAGUUUUGCAAAGUCAUGUGGCAUUUAAAUUGUUUCUGACAGUUAUUUCAAACUAUGCAGUGUUAUGACAGUAAGUAUCAAUUUUAGGGACGUUGUCGAUUUGGUGACCUGUGUUUGUCAGUCAUGUGGCAAGUUGUAACAUGUUCAUAAUUGAGUUUUUGCGGUCUAAAGUUAACCUUUAUAACCAAAUAUCAGUUUGUAUUUUCCCCAUACUGUUCUCUACAAAUUUCUUAAGGUGCUGAUAAGGAGAUUUUGUAUAAUAAUCAAGAGCCUCCUUAGAUGGUGAUCAUUUCCUUUACUCUCAUGACCUUAAUGUGUGAUUUAGCGGUGAUACUGUGAGGAGAACUUAGAUAAUUAUCACUCUUGGGGGUUAUAAUGGGAUAAACCUUAACUGCAGGAAUUGUUGUUUAAUUUUGCCCAAAAUAAUUUUGUCCAAGGGAGAAAUCUUUUUUUCUGAUUACUUUUUUCCACUGAUUUUAAAACUAAAUUGCAAUUAUCUUGCAAUUAACCUGCAGGUUUCUGAUUUUCAACUGUCUGAUGAAGACAUGAAGGUUAUUGAAUCCUUUAACAGACCUUGGAGAGCUUGUAUUCCAAUGAUAGAGGUAAGUAACAUUGUAUUCAGCAUUUCACAGACAAUCUGCUGAACUUAACCCUUUAUAACCUUACAUCAGUAUGCAUAUUCUCCAUACUGUUCUCUAUACAUUACCUAAUGUGAGGACAAGAUAAACAAUCAAGUUUUUUUAGUUGUUGAUCAUUUCCUUUAUUCUCAUGACCUUAAUGUGCAAUUCAGGGGUGAUAUUGUAAGGAGAAAUUAGAUGCUAGUCACUCAUAGAGGUCAAGAAGUUAAUGAAUGAUUUUCUGGAAGGUUAACCCAUCCAUCUUCCUACACUCAGCAAUAACAGCUCUAAAUCAACAUACAUGUGAACAUUUUAUUGUCCUCUUUUCUCACUGUCUCUCAUGCCUUAAGAUCUAUAACUGUAAAAUGACCUCAGAAUAGGAAAUUAACAGGGGCCAUGACAUACAUGUAAAUAAUGAUUUAAAAUUUUAACAUAUGUUACUCAUCAAGUAAAUUUACAAAACUCAUUCAGGUUAAUUACACAGUCAGGUAUAAUAUGUGUUGAAAUCUGAAGUUGAUUUUUCUUUAUUCUCAUCACACUACGAUGUUUGGCUCAGCUGUGAUGUUUUUGGGAGAAUUUAGAUGUUUUAACUCUCAGGAGUCUAUGAUUUAAGCCUGUAACUUUCAUGAUAAAGAUGUUGGAAAAUUUUCAGGAACAGUAUGCAUGAAAACGAAUGAUCUGUUUAGCUCUUUCACUCCUGGGAGUGACCAAUAAUUGGUUUUCACAUGACUGUAAAUACUGGUAUAUGAAAAUCAUAUAUGUGCACUGCACUUGAAGAAACAAAUAUAAGUGAUCCUUGCAGUUAUGAACACUACUUAACUAGUAGUUGAAAUAAGGCCUGAAAAAAAAUUGAUUUCUUAUCACAGUGUCAAUACAAUCUCAAGGAGAGCAGUGAUGAGAAUAACAAAAAUCAUUACUGAGGAAAUUACUACCUGAUUCAAUACUAAAUUCAGAGAGCUAACUAUAUAUUAUAUUAUAUUUAUUAAAUAUGCACACUGUACAUCUGAUGGUGUAAGGCUUUUGCGAUUUAAGUCAUUUGAGUUAAAUAAAAUAAUAAAUAAACUUGGUGGUAAUGAAGAGGACUUACAGUUUUUCUGUGAUAAUUUGGAUUUGCAGGUUGAUGGCAAGAAAGUCCCAAGAGAUGCUGCCCAUCCUCAUUUCCCAUUCAAUAUACCAUAUUAAUAUCUCCCUUUUUUGUGCUUAUUGCCCACAAAUAUUUACAUACUGACAACUUCUACUGUGGCUUUUUUUCCCUUUUUUUUUCCUCCUUGUUUGUGUUUUGAUAUAUCUUUCUGCAUGUUAGUGAGGUGAAAAUUGGUUUAAAGAAUUUUUGUCAGGUGUUUCAAAAGCAUUUAAGAGUCAAAAUUGUGAUAUGAAAUUCUGAUGUUCAAAGCUCAACAUGCAGAGUAGCUCAGGAAAGAUACUAAAUACUUAAACAUGGUUUUGUGAAAAUAGUUAGAAUUUUAAAAUUCAACUGAGCAAUUUUCAAAUGAAGUAUUUUCUCAUAUA